CAGGCUGGGUGCGCGGCGUAGCGUCCUGUGGUGGAAUGUGCGGCUCCCGCGAGCUCGCGGCGCAGAAGCGGAGCGAGCGCCGCCGAGGCCCGGGACCCCAGACCCCGGCGGCGGCGGCAACCGAGACCGCUGGGCGAGUCCCGGAGGCCUGAGCACCCUCUGCAGCCCCACUCCUGGGCCUUUUCGGUCCUCGACGGCCCCAGCACCCAACUUUUCCACCCUCCCCCACCCUUCCCCCGAAACUCCAGCAACAAAGAAAAGUAGUCGGAGAAGGAGCGGCGACUCAGGGUCGCCCGCCCCUCCUCCCCGAGGAAGGCCGAAUACAGUUAUGGCCACCCAGGUAAUGGGGCAGUCUUCUGGAGGAGGAGGGCUGUUUACCAGCAGUGGCAAUAUUGGAAUGGCCUUGCCUAACGACAUGUAUGACUUACAUGACCUCUCCAAAGCUGAACUGGCUGCACCUCAGCUUAUCAUGCUGGCAAAUGUGGCCUUAACUGGGGAAGUAAAUGGCAGCUGCUGUGAUUACCUGGUUGGUGAAGAAAGACAGAUGGCAGAAUUGAUGCCUGUUGGGGAUAACAACUUUUCAGAUAGUGAAGGAGAAGGUCUUGAAGAGUCUGCUGAAAUCAAAGGUGAACCUAAUGGAAUGGAAAACAUGGAACUGAGAAGUUUGGAACUCAGUGUUGUAGAACCUCAGCCUGUAUUUGAGGCAUCAGCUGCUCCAGAGAUUUACAGCUCAAAUAAAGAUCUUCCUCCUGAAACACCUGGAGUGGAGGACAAAGGCAAGAACUCAAAGACCAAACCCUUUCGAUGUAAGCCAUGCCAGUAUGAAGCAGAAUCUGAAGAACAGUUUGUGCAUCACAUCAGAGUUCACAGUGCCAAGAAAUUUUUUGUGGAAGAGAGUGCAGAGAAGCAGGCAAAAGCCAGGGAAUCUGGCUCUUCCACUUCAGAAGAGGGAGAUUUCUCUAAGGGCCCCAUUCGCUGUGACCGCUGUGGCUAUAAUACCAAUCGAUAUGAUCACUAUACUGCACACCUGAAACACCACACCAGAGCUGGGGAUAAUGAGCGCGUCUACAAGUGCAUUAUCUGCACAUACACAACAGUAAGCGAGUAUCACUGGAGGAAACACUUGAGAAACCAUUUUCCAAGGAAAGUAUACACUUGUGGAAAAUGCAACUAUUUUUCAGACAGAAAAAACAAUUACGUUCAGCAUGUUAGAACUCAUACAGGAGAACGCCCAUAUAAAUGUGAACUUUGUCCUUACUCAAGUUCUCAGAAGACUCAUCUAACUAGACAUAUGCGUACUCAUUCAGGUGAGAAGCCAUUUAAAUGUGAUCAGUGCAGUUAUGUGGCCUCGAAUCAACAUGAAGUAACUCGCCAUGCAAGACAGGUUCACAAUGGGCCUAAACCUCUUAAUUGCCCACACUGUGACUACAAAACAGCAGAUAGAAGUAACUUCAAAAAACAUGUAGAGCUACAUGUGAAUCCACGACAGUUCAAUUGCCCUGUAUGUGACUAUGCAGCUUCCAAGAAGUGUAAUCUACAGUAUCACUUCAAAUCUAAGCAUCCUACUUGUCCUAAUAAAACAAUGGAUGUCUCAAAAGUGAAACUAAAGAAAACCAAAAAACGAGAGGCUGACUUGCCUGAUAAUAUUACCAAUGAAAAAACAGAAACCGAACAGACAAAAAUAAAAGGGGAUGUAGCUGGAAAGAAAAAUGAAAAGUCUAUAAAAGCGGAGAAAAGAGAUGUCUCAAAAGAGAAAAAGCCUUCUAAUGUGUCAGUGAUCCAAGUGACUACCAGAACUCGAAAAUCAGUAACAGAGAUGAAAGAGAUGGAUGUGCAUACCGGAAGUAAUUCAGAAAAAUUUUGUAAAACUAAGAAAAGCAAAAGGAAGCUGGAAGCUGACACCCAUUCUUUACGUGAUCCUGUGAAUGAUGAGGAAUCUUCAACAAGAAAGAAAAGGAAGGUAGAAAGCAAAUCCAAAAAUAAUAGUCAGGAAGUGCCAAAGGGUGACAGCAAAGUGGAGGAAAAUAAAAAGCAAAAUACCUACAUCAAAAAAAGUACAAAGAAGAAAACUCUGAAAAAUAAAUCAAGUAAGAAAAGCAGCAAGCCUGCUCAGAAGGAACCUGUCGAGAAGGGGCCUGCUCAGAUGGACCCUCCUCACAUGGAGCCUGUCCAGAUGGGGCCUUCUCCCACAGAGGCAGUUGAGAAGGGGACCGUUCAGGUGGAGCCGCCACCUCCAAUGGAGCCUGCUCAGAUGGAGGGUGCCCAGAUACAGCCUGCUCAUGCUGAGCCUGUUCAGACGGAGGUGUUUCAGGAGGGGCCUGCUCAGAAGGAGCUGCCACCUCCUGUGGAGCCUGCUCAGGUGGUGGGUGCUCAGAUGGUACCUGCUCACAUGGAGCUGCCUUCUCCCAUGGAGACUGCUCAGAUGGAGGUUUCCCAAAUGGGGCCUGCUCCUGUGGAAACUGUUCAGAUGGAGGUUGCCCAAGUAGAACCUGCUCCCAUGGAGGUGGUUCAGAAGGACUCUGUUCAAAUGGAGCUGUCUCCUCCCAUGGGGGUGGUCCAGAAGGAGCCUGUUGAGAUGGAGCUGUCUCCCAUGGAGGUGGUCCAGGAGCCUAUUCAGAUGGAGCUGUCUCCUUCUAUGGAGGUAGUACAGAAGGAGCCUGUUCACAUAGAGCUAUCUCUUCCCAUAGAGGUGGUCCAGAAGGAACCUGUUCAGAUGGAGCUGUCUCCUCCCAUCGGGGUGGUUCAGAAGGAGGCUUCUCCUCCCAUAGAGCCUCCCCUUCACAUGGAGCCAAUUUCCAAAAAGCCUCCUCUCCGAAAACAUAAAAAGGAAAAGUCUAACAUGCAGAGUGAAAGAGCACAGAAGGAGCAAGUCCUUAAUGAAGUUGGCUUAGUGCCUGUUAAAGAUAGCUGGCUUCUAAAGGAAAGUAUAAGCACAGAAGAUCUGUCACCACCGUCACCACUGCUGCCAAAGGAAAAUUUAAAAGAAGAGGCAUCAAGAGACCAAAAAUUACUCAUCAGAGGUGAAGGAAAUCAAGAAGCCCCUCUUCAUAAAGUAGGAGCAGAAGAGGCAGAUGAGAGCCUACCUGGUCUUGCUGCUAAUACCGAGGAAUCUACCCAUGUUUCAUCCUCUAGACAAAACUUGAAUAUGCCAGAGGGUGAAACUUCAGAUGGUAAACAUCAGACUGACGCUGUGGUUUGUGAAAUGGAAAUGGACACUAAUGAGAACACAAGAGAGAAUCUCCCUGGUAUAAAGUCAACAGUUCAGGAACCAGUUUCACCAAUGCUUCCCCCAUCAGCAGUGGAAGAAUGUGGUGAAGCAGUGUCUAAAACUGUACCGCCAUCACCUCCUGCUACCAUGGCAGUAAAUGAGUCUCAGGAAAUUGAUGAAGAUGAAGGCAUCCACAGCCAUGAAGGAAGUGACCUAAGUGACAACAUGUCAGAGGGUAGUGAUGAUUCUGGAUUACAUGGGGCUCGGCCAGUUUCCCAAGAAUCUAGCAGAAAAAAUGCAAAGGAAGCCUUAGCAGUCAAAGUGGCUAAGGGAGAUUUUGUUUGUAUUUUCUGUGAUCGUUCUUUCAGAAAGGGAAAAGAUUAUAGCAAACACCUCAAUCGCCAUUUGGUUAAUGUGUACUAUCUUGAAGAAGCAGCUCAAGGGCAAGAGUAACGAAACUUUGAACAAGGUUUCAGUUCUUAGUUUGUAAAGGUAUAUUACAUUUUAUAUUCAUUUAUAGUAGUAGACAACCUUUUAAGAUUGCUUUAAUUAGUCUCUGAUGUUGAUUUUUAAGUGGCAUUCUUUUCCUUAGGACUUUUUAUGUAUACCUGUUGAUUGUUGUAUAAAUUUAGCAAAUCUACUAAACCAGCAGAUACCUAAAUCUGUUAGCUUAUGUGUCUAAUUGAAAUGAGGCUAAGAUGGUAUAGCAGCAUUUUAUUGCUUUGUCCUGCUACAACUUGUCAUUUUUUUUCUCCAUGUCUCUUCCUGUUUCACUUUAGUUUAUUCUUAGUUUUUUAUUGAGAUCU